GCGGCGGCGGGAGCGGCCAUGGAGGCGGGCGCCGGGGCCGGCGCGGGAGCCGCGGGCUGGAGCUGCCCGGGCCCAGGACCCACAGUAACCACUUUAGGCUCCUAUGAGGUAUCUGAGGGUUGUGAGAGGAAGAAAGGCCAACGCUGGGGGUCCCUGGAACGUCGUGGGAUGCAAGCCAUGGAAGGGGAGGUAUUACUCCCAGCUCUCUAUGAGGAGGAAGAGGAAGAAGARGAGGAGGAAGARGUAGAAGAAGAAGAACAAGUACAGAAAAGUGGCAGUGUGGGCUCCCUGUCACUGGGCAARCACCGGGGCCUAAGCCUCACAGAAACAGAGCUGGAGGAGUUGAGGGCACAGGUGCUCCAGCUGGUGGCAGAGCUGGAGGAGACCCGUGAGCUGGCAGGGCAGCAUGAGGAUGACUCCCUGGAGCUGCAAGGGCUCCUGGAGGAUGAACGGCUGGCCAGUGCCCAGCAGGCAGAAGUGUUCACCAAGCAGAUCCAGCAGCUCCAAGGUGAGCUACGGCAUCUACGGGAGGAGAUUUCCUUGUUAGAGCGUGAGAAAGAAAGUGAACUUAAAGAAAUAGAACAGGAGUUGCAGUUGGCCCAGACCGAGAUCCAGAAUCUGCGGCAAGCUGCAGCAGAUUCUGCGAGUGAACAUGAGAGUGACAUGGCAUCCCUGCAGGAGGAUCUCUGCCGAAUGCAGAAUGAACUUGAGGACAUGGAACGCAUUCGUGGGGACUACGAGAUGGAGAUUGCCUCGCUCCGUGCAGAAAUGGAAACAAAGACCUCUGAAUCAACCAGUAGUCCUACGGACUUUAGUGGGUUGCAAGAAGAAUUACAGCAACUGCGGGACAGCUACCAAUUCCUGAAUGAGGAGUACCGGACCCUGAAGGAGAGCAACAGCAGCCUCACAGGRCAGCUAGCCCAGCUGGAGAGUGAGAGGACACGAAAAGCAACAGAGAAGUGGCUGGAGUGUCAAACAGCAAAGAGUAUGAUAUCGUCAGAGUCUCAGACCUCAGAAGUGGAUUUCCUAGAGCCUGAUCCUGAAAUGCAUUUGUUGCGCCAGCAGCUGCUAGAUGCUGAGCAGCAGAUGCAUAACAUGCAGAGUAAGUGUAAGGAAUUGUCUUGUGAGUUGCAAGAGCUACAGCAUCAUCGCCGUGUCAGCGAGGAGGAGCAGAAACGGCUGCAGAAAGAGCUCAAAUGUGCCCAGAAUGAGGUGCUUAGGUUUCAGUCAUCUCACACGGUCAUGCAGGAGUUACUAUGCCGGCUCCAGAAGAUGCAAGUCCAACACCAGAACAUCUCAAGUGAGAAGGAAAAGCUACUGGAAGUGCAGCAUCAGCUGCAGGAGAAGCUGCGGUGCCAUGAGGCAGAGUUGCAGCACCUUCGGAAUAUGGUGGCCUCCUUGCAAGAAAGUGAUGAAAAGAACAAAAAGAUUCAAGUCCAGUUUCGUGAGGUGAAGCAGCUGUACGAGUCUAGCGCGAAUGAGUUGGAGCAGCAGAAGCACAUGUCCAACCAGCUAGAGCAGGACCUCUUGCUCUGCCAACUGGAACUAAAAGAGCUCAAGAACACCCAGAACAUUCCUGAGGACAAGGGAAAGUGUUUCAAUAAGUGUGAUGCACUGGUGUCCAAGCUGACAGAAUUACAGGACAAGUUCAAGGUCAGCCAGAAGGAGAUGGGGCAGCUGCAGAUGGAGCAGUGUGAACUCCUGGAGGAUCAGAGGAGGCUGCAGGAGGAGCAGGGCCAGCUGCAGGAAGAGUUGCACAGGCUCAUAUACCCCACACCCAAGUGUGGCCUCUUUAAUAAGAGUCAGGAGCUGCUUACAAAGUUACAAGACCUAUGUGAGCUGCAGCUGCUCUACCAAGGCAUGCAGGAGGAACAGAAAAAACUGAUACAGAACCAAGAGUGUGUACUAAAAGAACAGUUAGAGGUACAUGAAGAGCUACGAGGUCUCAAAGAGUCUCAUUUCCAGGAAGUGUUGGAAAAUCCUCAGGAUGCCAAAAAGCAUAAGUUCUCAAAUUCUGGUCAGAACAAGUCCAAGUUGCUCCUGGAAGAUCUACAGGCUCUGAAGGCGCUGUAUAUCUCCAGUCAGAAGGAACAGGAGCUAUUGCAGCAGGAGCAUGGGAGGCUCCUAGAGGAGCGGAAGAGGCUGCAGGCAGAGAUGCAGCUCUGCCUGGAAGAAAUGCAGCUGCUCCAAGAGCAGUCCCCCUCAAUAAAAAUGAGCCUUGAGUCCUGCAAGAAGAACUCUGACAGUGUGAUUCCCAGCAGUGAGAACUUUCACAGGAGUUAUGCAAGCACCAUUGAUGGCAAGGAAAGCUUUCUUAAGAAUUAUGGUACCAGCCAGGCCAGCAGUGAGUCCUUCCUCAAGAGCUAUGCCAGCACUAUGGGUGCYAGUGAGACUUUUGCAAAGAGUUACCUCUCCAGUGUCAGCAGYAUCAUCUCUAAGAAGAGUUAUGGCACCACCAGUAGUUCUAACAGUUAUCAUAAGAGUUAUAUCAGCAGCAUCGCUGAUGAGGAACCACUUGUGCCUGAAGACAUGGAGCACUUUGAGGAAACGGUGGCCAAGGUGCUGACCAAGCUGCAGGCAGUGCAGGCCCUGUACCAGGUUAGCCAAGAGGAGCACUCCCGACUGCAAGAGCAGAUGAGCACGCUGCUGGAUCAACAGAAAUCGCUGAGGGAAGAGCUGGAGACCUGCGAAAAGGAAUUCAAGGAGUGCAUAGAAAGCCUGGAGAAAUCUGCAGCCCCCCAGAACGACAGGAGUGAGAUCAAAGAACUGCAGASCAAGCUGCGGGAGCUGCAGCUGCAGUACCAGGCUAGCAUGGAUGAACAGGGGCGGCUCCUGGCAGUGCAGGAGCAGCUGGAGGGGCAACUGCAGUGCUGCCAGGAAGAACUCCACCAGCUCAAAGAGAGAAAGUCGUCCUAUGUUGGCAAAGAGGCCAGGGGAAAGAAUGGUAAUAAGAACAUGAACAAGAAUGCCAACGGGGCUAAAAAGAAAAAGGUGACCAAGCCAUCCUAUGACAAUUCUGAGGGCAACAUUGAGAACACAAAGUCUCUGGAGGUGGUACUGUACUACACGGCUAGCCAGAGCCAAUUAGAUGAGCUAGCAAAAGAGGAGGAAAAGAAAGAGGAGGUGGGARAGCCAAAACAGGAAGAAACAAAAGAGGAAACCAUGGAGCUUCACUCAGAUGAGCUAGCUACUGAGCCAACAGAUGCUAAGGAGGCUAAGACAACAGAAGAUCACGAGGAAGAAAAUGAAGAGUACAGUGAACAGAAUAAGGAAGAAGAUAAUGAAGAAGACGACGACAAUGACUCUUCCCCUGAGACUUCUGAGGAAAACAACCCUCUUAAACUUUCUGAAAGUAAAAAGGCCUGGUGGUCAUAUCGGCUCUGCUCUGGUGCUGGUGGGCUGAGACAUCAUCCUAACGCAGCAUCUACCCUUUCUCAAGCAUCCUCGUGGAGAUCUGCAAUCUGGCCCAUGAGCUUGCCUCCACAUUUAAGGACCAGUAUUCUCAUUGUUUGGGGAGAAAGGAAGACUUACACACAAGUGUCACCUGAGGUGACAUGUACAGUGUUGCACCCCAUAUCUAGUGUCAGGAAGAAGAGACCAUGUGAUCUCCACCGCUUACCUGGGAGAACAUGUUUGGGAUGUGGAAGCCUAUGGCAUUCUUGGCUAUUGCAGCUGUGGCUCUGUAUGUGUUACCCAGCAUGCGACCGCAGGAGUCAGAGUUCUGCCUCAUGGAGUGAUGGCAGACCUGGGCCAGCCGAAAGGGCAGAUCCCCAGGAGCCACCACCCUCACCUUUGGGCAGGACACACUAUGCCAGAGCUCCCACCUCACUCAUGUCCCAUGUGUCCCCACCUAUCUCCUUAGCCUCAGCCACUGAAGCUGGAAAGGCUUAUGGGAGCUGCUGUCUCCCAUCUCCUGCCUUGUAUAAGAUCCUGGGUUCCUUGUAAUUAAA